AUUUAAAGAGAGAGAUUCGAUUUAAAUUUUGAGAUAUAAACUCCACGAAUAAACUUGGUAACUUAUUCGAUUUAAAUUCGUUUCCGCGCUCACUUUAUUGCACCCAGAUCCGCUGAUCCGCUUCCCGCUCUUUAGAUUUUUCCCAUUAUCAUGGUUUAUGCUCACACCUUCCUUCUUCCUCCCAAUUUUUCCACGAUUCAUCAUUCACUAGUGCCAUUGCAGUCCUUCAUCCACCUGCACACGCCCUUCAUCUUCUCUAUUGAAUAACAAUCUCUUCUCUGUCCACUCUUUUUUAGCAGAAUUGCGGUUCAAUUCAUGGUCUUGCCGGAAACCUUGUUGCCUUCCGAUAUGGAUAUGGACUCGCCGGACGCUCUCCGCUGCAAGUGCAGCGACGGUGCUCGGUGGCGGUGCAAGGAGUUGGCUUCGCCUGGGAAAUCGUAUUGUGAAAGGCACUUGAUCCAACUCAUGAAGCGAAGUCUGAAUAGAGUGCGGAAUUCUGGAGACGGAGGUUGCUGUUCUGGCGAUGGUAGAGUAUCGGCGAACAGGAAGGAGGUGAGAGGUGUGAGAUUUGGAUCGCAAGGGAAAGAGACUGAGGAUGAGCUGGAGCGGAAUGGACGUCUGGUGAGGAAGAAGAACAGGAAGCUGUCUAACAUUCAUUUUAAGGAUGUUACAAUCUCGAGUGAUUCUGGAAAACCUCAAUUCACGGCUUCCAAACUGAGCCACGGAAAGAAUGGGGCCGAUUCUGCGGAAAGGCAAGGGACGUCUACGAAGCGUAAGAGGAAUCAUGUUGUGGCGAAUGGAAAAUCGGUCGAGACGGCUAUGCCAAAUAAAAAGAAUGGUGGGAGUUUGAUGUGUCAUCAGUGUCAGAAGAGCGAUAGAAGUGGGGUUGUCAUUUGUUCGAAUUGCCACAGAAAAAGGUUUUGCUAUCAGUGUAUUGAACGAUGGUACCCUGACAGAACAAGGGAAGAUGUUGAGAAUGCAUGUCCCUGUUGCCGUGGUCACUGUAAUUGCAAGGCUUGCUUAAGAGAGUUUGUUGAGUUUGCCCCUAAAGAAUUGGAUGCAAGUGUGAAAGUAGAGCGAUUAAAAUUCCUGCUGUAUAAGGUUCUGCCCAUUCUCAGGCAUAUUCAAAGGGAACAGAGUUAUGAACUUGAGGUUGAAUGCAAUAUAAAGGGUGCUCGAUUGAAAGAAGUGGAUAUAAAAAGAAUAAAACUGGAUCAAACAGAACGCAUGUAUUGCGACAGUUGCAACACUUCGAUCUUCAAUUUUUACAGAAGCUGCUUCAACCCAAACUGUUCUUACGAUCUCUGUCUUAGCUGCUGUAAGGAGCUGAGGGAAAGUUUCCAUUCUGAAGGUAGCAAAAUAAAUAUUUAUUUCGAACUAUUUAGAAAUAAAUUGUCUAGCCAACUCAUGUGCAUCAAUGUGCUGGCAGGAAGAGAGUAUCAGUUGACAUCCACAUCUAAGACUUCUGUAGGUGGCACGUCGUCAAGUUUCCAGGUUUGGAGUGCCAAUCCUGAUGGUAGUAUACCGUGUCCUCCAAAACAAUGUGGGGGUUGUGGAAUUGCAAAUUUGGAGUUGAGACGUUCCCUUAAAGCUGAUUGGGCUACAAAGUUAAUAGAAGGAGCAGAGGGGUUUACAAGUGAUUACAAAGUACCUGAUAGUUGUUCUUCUGAAGUCUGUUCGUCAUGCUGUUUUAACAAAAAUGAAGUCAGACCAGCAGCUUUCAGGGAAAAUAGUCACGACAACUUCUUAUACUCCCCAAAUGCUGAUGAUGUAAUGGAUGAUGGUGUUAACCAUUUUCAAAGGCACUGGAUGAAGGGUGAACCUGUUAUUGUCAGAAAUGUUCUUGACAAGACAUCCGGUCUUAGUUGGGAGCCUAUGGUUAUGUGGAGAGCUUUUAGACAAACAGGUGCAAAUGCCAAGUUCAAAGAGGAGACAUGCAGUGUGAAGGCCAUUGAUUGCUUUGAUUGGUGUGAGGUAGUGAUAAAUAUCCACCAGUUUUUUGUCGGUUACUUAGAAGGCCGUAUGCACAGAAAUGGAUGGCCAGAAAUGUUGAAACUGAAGGAUUGGCCUUCAUCAACUUCAUUUGAGGAGCGGUUGCCUAGGCAUUGUGCCGAAUUUAUUGCAGCACUUCCUUACAGCGAAUAUACCCACCCAAAAUAUGGCCUUCUGAAUCUUGCUACCAAACUUCCUGAAGGCUCACUGAAGCCUGAUAUGGGACCCAAAACUUAUAUUGCAUAUGGAUUACAGGAGGAGCUGAGCAGAGGCGACUCUGUAACAAAGCUUCACUGCGAUAUGUCUGAUGCGGUAAAUGUACUGACUCAUACAAAUAAAGUUAAUAUUAAGCGUUGGCAACGAGAUUUCAUUGAAAAGAGGCAAAAACGUUUUGCUGCUGAAGAUCGUUCUGAACUCUAUGGUGGAAUAAAAAGCACAUUUGAUGAUACAAAAAAGGAUUCUGAAUGUGAACAAAAUAAGGUUGCAGAUCAGAAAUCAUGCUUGGCGGGUUUGUUUGCAACUAUUAGAAAACGAGUUACAAAACCUGUCAAAUGUGCCAAUAAGGAUCCAUUACUGAUUCAAAAACCAAGAGGAGAAUCAAAGUCCCAGAGCAGAAAACAAUUUGACGAACAUGAGUAUAGCUCUUCCAAAUUAACCAGUGUUACUAUCAGAAAUUCAUCUGUAGGCACGUUCAGUACCGGUGCUUUGGCUAAUAUCUUUUGUCCAAAUGGACCUAAGACUGCUCAUAAAGUAGCUAUUGCAUGCACUCCCAGUCAGCAAUGUGGCCAAUCUUCUAAUGAUACAAGUAAAUUCUUUAAUGAAAAAUGUGAUUCAGAAAAAGCCUCAGGGCGCAAUGAAGUUAAUGAUCCAACAUCAAAAGAUUCAAUUUCGGAUGGGGCAGAUAGUCAUUUAGAAAAGAACGAAAAAAUGGAGGUUGCCACGGGUGGAGCUGUUUGGGACAUUUUCCGUAGGCAGGAUGUUCCCAAGUUACUCAAGUACUUGGACAAGCACCAGAAGGAAUUUCGUCAUAUGAAGUGUAAACCUGUAAAUUCUCUUGUUCAUCCAAUUCAUGAUCAGACCGUUUUCUUUAAUGCAAAACACAAGAAGCAGCUGAAGGAGGAGUUUGGUGUUGAACCCUGGACAUUUGAGCAGUUCAUUGGUGAGGCAGUUUUCAUUCCGGCAGGAUGCCCUCAUCAAGUGCGAAAUAGACAAUCAUGCAUAAAAGUGGCUAUGGACUUUGUAUCCCCGGAAAAUGUGGAAGAAUGCUUUCGAUUAACUGAGGAGUUCCGUUUCCUCCCAAAAAACCAUAGAGCUAAGGAAGACAAAUUGGAGGUAAAAAAGAUGACACUUUAUGCUGCAAGUUCAGCUAUCAGAGAGAUCAGGGAAUUGCUGUUAAAGCUUUGACUGAGAAAUUCUUCAAAUAUCCUUUUGAGUAACACGGAGAAAUAUAGACGCUUCGAUCCUCCCAGUUACCAACCACAUACCUCAAUGGACAAAAUUACUUGCAGUGUUGGUAGGCCGUGAUGAUGUUUAUAUGCGGAAAGGUGAGGAUAACUACAUCUAUGGAGCAACUAUGAAGUCAGCUGUCUCUUAUUCAAGAAGUUGUGGAAGGCUGAAAACAGAUUUGAGCUCGGGGGAGAAGGUCGGCAGUGUUAAGGAGUGUGCAGACGGCUACAUUCUUAAACUACGAACCCUAGAAGCAUAACUUAAAUUGGCAGUGGCUUGGAAGAACUUGAAGAUGAAACCAUCUUAGUUACUCAUUAUACGGAUCAUGGAUGCGAAGUGAUUGGAGCAUGUUCUAAUACCAGUUUUGUGUAACGUCAUUGGGCAAUGGAAAGGUUUGAUGGAAAAUUUUGGUGGCUUCUCUUCUGAAAUAACAUCCUAAUUCAUGCAGGAUGGGUUAAAUUUUGCUUCUUAUAGGAUAGUUUCUGUAAUAUAUAGGGUGAAGCAAUUGAUGGUAGUCCUCUACAUUUACUAUGAAACCAAGACUUCAGUAUAGGCAUGUUCCGAUUAUG